AUCAGACUUUUUUCGGUCCGAGGGAAAGGAGGAAGGAGAUUGUGAUGGAGAAAGGGGGUCUGUAAAACGUCAGGCGCCGCACAAAGGCUUUGCCACGUAAUUACAGGCUCCUAUUAAGUGGAGAUCUGCCCUCCCAGGGGUCUCCAAUUUUCUUGUAUUCCCUACAAAGCCUCCUCUCCAUGCCAGUCUGUGCCUUUUGAAGUGCCAGAGAGCUUCUUGAUCCGACUGAGAAGGGGAGAGGAACUCAACCCAGAGAGGAGAGAGAGAGAGAGAGAAGGGAAGGGGGGACCCGCCGCCCUUCUGCAGACUCUUGAAGCCCUACUUCUUUAUUUCUUAUUUUUUUUUCUCCUAACGAAAAGUAAAGUGAGAAUCCUGCUCUCUAAUACAUCUGCAAGACAUCACUCUCCUGAAAUUCUAGUCACUCCCGAGAAUCCACAGGAGUGCAGAGAGGGGAACGCGGUUUCUUGAAGACAUUUUAAAGCUGGAACAAGCCUCCUUCUGUUGGUGCUUGAACUCUUGCCGGGGAAUAACUUUUUUAACCUUUUUUUUUAAACCCACUUUGAUUCUUCUCUCCACCCCUCUUCUCUCUUCUGUUUGCCUAACUCCCCCGCCCUGCUGGCCUCCCCUUUCCUCUCUCCCCCUUAUUAUUAUUUUUAGUGUCUGCGAGUGGACGCCUUUUGAGAGUUCGAAGGGAUACUUUUUUUCUUCUUGAUUUAAGCAUAGGGUAACUUUUUUUUUUUUUUUUUUAAACUUUUUGGUGUGAAUUGUCUCUUUGGACCGCGCUGCCGGACUUGGCUUCAGGGAAGCAACCGAGGCCGCGGGAAAGUUACUGGUGCCGAAAGUUCUGCUCUUCGGAAGGGGAUUCUCUCUCUCUCUCUCUCUCUCUCUCUCUCUCUCUCUCUCUCUCUCUCUCUCUCUCUCUCUCUCUCUCCCUCCACUCCCCCCUCUUUCUUCCCCACUCGACUCCUCUCCCCCCCUCGCGCCCACAGCGUUUGGUGUUGAUUCGAGCGGGAAGAGGGGGGUGGGUGGGAUUGGAGGGGAGACCAUGACCUCCAGCUACGGGCACGUUCUGGAGCGGCAACCGGCGCUGGGCGGCCGCUUGGACAGCCCGGGCAACCUCGACACCCUGCAGGCGAAAAAGAACUUCUCCGUCAGUCACCUGCUAGACCUGGAGGAGGCCGGGGACAUGGUGGCGGCACAGGCGGACGAAAGUGUGGGCGAGGCGGGCCGGAGCCUGCUGGAGUCACCGGGACUGACCAGUGGCAGCGACACCCCUCAGCAGGACAAUGAUCAGUUGAACUCAGAGGAGAAGAAGAAGAGAAAGCAACGGAGAAACAGAACAACCUUCAACAGCAGCCAGCUGCAGGCCCUGGAGCGUGUCUUCGAGCGGACACAUUACCCGGAUGCUUUUGUGCGAGAAGAUCUUGCACGUCGGGUGAACCUCACUGAGGCCAGAGUGCAGGUGUGGUUUCAGAACCGAAGAGCCAAGUUCCGCCGGAAUGAGAGAGCCAUGCUGGCCAAUAAAAAUGCUUCCCUCCUCAAGUCCUACUCAGGAGACGUGACUGCUGUGGAGCAGCCCAUAGUACCUCGCCCUGCUCCUAGACCCACCGAUUAUCUCUCCUGGGGGACAGCCUCUCCGUACAGCGCCAUGGCUACUUAUUCUGCCACAUGUGCCAACAAUAGCCCUGCACAGGGUAUCAACAUGGCCAACAGCAUUGCCAACCUGAGACUGAAGGCCAAGGAAUAUAGUUUACAGAGGAACCAGGUGCCAACAGUCAACUGAGGAAAAAAAAUAAUUAAACAGGCCUAAGAAGAAAGCAAAAACCAUAAGAAACCUAUCCUGUUCUGUCAUUUCUUCAUCUGCUGGAAAAAAUAAAAGCAAACAAACAAAGCCAGAACUAAAAUAUUGGGACCAUGGCGGAGAAAAGCAGGAGAGGAACAAAAUGAAAAUUAGUUAACAGUGGUUCCUUCUUCCUCUCGGAUAUCAUCACCAUUUGCUUCUGUGUGUGUUUAUUGUGUUUUCCUUCUAUCCAUGCUUUGCUAAUUAUACUCCAGGCUUCUUCAGUUAGGCUCAGCCCACCCAUUCCUAUAACUGUAUGAGAAUUAAAAAAAAAAACUGCAGCAGCCAAAGAAACACACACACACACACACACACACACACACACA